GGGACAUUCGAGUCUUUUGUCAGGAAAGGAUAGUCUAAAAGUAAAGGAACCGAUUCGUGUCGGUUUCUACGAUAUUGAAAAGACAAUUGGUAAAGGAAAUUUUGCCGUAGUCAAAUUGGCAAGGCAUCGUAUCACCAAAAAUGAGGUUGCAAUUAAAAUCAUUGAUAAAUCCCAAUUGGAUGCAACUAAUUUACAAAAAGUCUAUCGUGAAGUGGAAAUUAUGAAACGUCUUAAUCAUCCCCAUAUUAUCAAACUAUAUCAGGUGAUGGAGACAAAAAAUAUGAUUUAUAUCGUAUCGGAAUAUGCCAGUCAAGGGGAAAUAUUUGAUUAUAUAGCGAAAUAUGGACGAAUGUCGGAAAAUGCUGCACGUUAUAAAUUUUGGCAAAUUUUGUCAGCUGUGGAUUACUGUCACAAAAAAGGAAUUGUCCACAGAGAUCUUAAGGCUGAAAAUCUACUUUUGGACAAUAAUAUGAAUAUAAAAAUAGCAGAUUUUGGUUUUUCCAAUCAUUUUAAAGUUGGCGAAUUGCUUGCAACAUGGUGUGGUUCACCACCGUAUGCCGCACCAGAAGUAUUUGAGGGAAAACAGUACACAGGUCCAGAAAUUGAUAUAUGGUCCCUUGGAGUGGUCUUGUACGUGUUGGUCUGUGGUGCUUUACCAUUCGAUGGUUCAACAUUACAAAGCCUCAGAGAUCGGGUGUUAUCUGGUCGUUUUCGCAUACCAUUUUUUAUGUCCUCAGAAUGCGAGCAUUUAAUACGACGAAUGUUGGUGCUGGAACCAUCACGCCGCUACACAAUCGAACAGAUCAAAUUGCAUCGUUGGAUGUGUCCCGAAAUACUGGAAUUGUCGAAUAUUGCCAAAUUCAAUGUCAACAUGGACGGCACCACGAACAUUGAACCCAACGAGGACAUAUUGCGCAUCAUGUCCGAAUUUGCUGGCAUACCACCGGAAAAAACUCGUUCUAGUCUAAAGAAGAACAGUUACGACCAUGUCGCUGCCAUUUAUUUACUACUACAGGAUCGGGUCUACAAUAAGAAAUUGCAGCAGGAACAGAAACACCUGCUAGGGAGUGCUUCUUGCAGUACCGGUAGUACUGCAUCCAUAUCACUGCCAAAACACUCGAGUAUAAGUAAACAGCAUGCCCUGACCGGUUCCACACUCUCGCAACUGUCGACGGUAUCAACGGCCGCUGCAGCCCAUCAAUAUUCCUCGAAAAUGCUAUACAAACAGACUAAAUCGAAUUCGACGGAUCAGCAUCAUCGACUGAAGUCUGGCCAUGUCCUGCCGCCCGAGGAACACAAUCAAUUUGUUAGGGACCACUACAGUCUCAUGGCAAGGUUGAGUCGCCAGACGUUACUAAGUGAACGCGGUCCACCAACAAAUGCCGAACAUUUGCUGCAGCCGAAGUUGACCGACAGCCAGAUGCGAUAUCACUUUGAAAGGGUGGGCCGAAUGUCUCGACAAGAUCUUAGCAGCAGCCAGCUGCCCAUAGGUUGUUCAUCGUACGGCAUUGACAAUAAUAAACACUCAAUAUCCAAUUUAAAUUGUCGAGACAUUGGCUCAUCCAAUCAUUGCCUCAAUGGAGGGCUGCCAACUACCACUCUGCGAUAUGCCGAUGAUCGUUCAAUGCGUGAACGUCUCUUUGGUGGAGUUGGAACGGCAGGAGCUGCUAACUUCAACAUCGAGGAGAGUAUCCUAAAACAGAGUUCAGAAGACUGUAGGCUUUUGUUACAAAAGGCCACUGCCAUAUCCGAAUCCAAAAACAACAAACACAAAACCAAAACGACUGAAGCCAAACAAAAGUCCGACACUAAGCUCAGCGAUUCCAAGUCUAUUUCAAGCUCAACCAGUUUUGAUUCUUCUUCGCAUUUAGAUCAAAGCCUUAGUUUUCGUUUUAAAAUGUCUGCCGAGGCCACUAAACUAUUUCAGACAUUGCAGGAGAGUCCUCUACCACUGGAGAGUCCAACGCAAGAGAACGACAUUGAAACACAUCCAAGUGUCACAAUCAACUUCGGUAAAGAUCGCACGACAUCGCAGUCAUCCGAGAAGGAUAAACAAAAAAAUUGUCUUGAAAACUAUUCCAGUACCAAUGGCAACGAAAAAUCUACAACGAAGAGCUCUUCGAACAAAAAGGUUUCCGCGCAAUGCAGCUCAAGUACGGACGAGGGUUGUGAAACUGACAUGGGUAAUGAUGCCAAAGACACAUCACAAUCUUCGACGGACUUGCGCAACCAACGCAUACAGUCAUACGCCAGCAGCAGUUCAUCGAGUGGAGUUAUCGGAAGCUAUUCGAAGAGCCUUAGCCAAAACCUAAGUCGAGCCUCAUCAAAGAGCAAUUGCUCCACAUUCGAGAGCAUCGAUUUCAACUUAGUUACCAGUAUUGAUUUAGCCGGUAGCUUGCCAUCGUGUGCUAGUAACUCUACCAUUGCAGCUGCAGUAUCGGGAACCAGUGGCAGUGCUACACCUGAUCAAACCUCGGAAGGCUCCUUUUACAAUAGCAACAAUUCGUGCGUCUACAUGCCACCGGUAACGAGUACAUCAUCCAUGUUGUCGACCAAAUCUACACCCUAUUCCGACAAACGAUCUCCAAUUCACUUUCGGGAAGGUCGCCGUGCCAGCGAUGGACUUGUGGCCCAGGGCAUUGUCAGUGCCACGGGACCUCUGCACAAUGGCUCUGCUUAUGGCAGCUAUCGUUACGACACUCCACACAAGCGUAACGGUUGGCUGGAACUACAACAACUGCAACGCGAAGCCCACACUCUCAAGUCCAAGUACAGAUCCAAUCUGCCAAUGGACGAAUUCAAUAACUGUCAAUUUCAACAUAGUCAAUUCUACACCCUGUCAAACAGAAUACCUGCAAUGGAUUUCCAUCCCACAUAUUCGCCGCAUUUAAUGCGAGCCAUGGAAAACAUGGAGAACUUUCCCGAAAAGAACGGUGGUCCCAUUCAUCCGUCUCUCUAUCAUUAUAUGCGCGUAGACGCCGCAGCGAAUGCGUACCCGGGCAGCUUGCCCAGGCAGGAUCCCAAUCUAAUUCUUAGCCAUAUGAAUGCCGCCACGGCAAUGUUGCCAAUGCAGAAACCUCCACUGCAACAACAACUGCUGCAGCAUCGAUUGCUGCAACAAAAACGUCAAUUGUUUCAGAAGCAAUAUGCUUUGGAGGCCCACUUGGGCCGGCCUCAUCACCUCAUAAGGGAGCACAGCUACAAACUUAGUGGCCAUCCGCCGCAUGCCGUCACACCGACAGCUACACCACCACCGCCUCCUCCUCCCGCCAUGCCACACAAUGAUGAUUUCGUACAGUUGCAGAUGUUCGAACGCAGCAACAGCAAGCUUCAUCAGAAUUCUCUCACUCCGCUGGCAGUUUACAAUCAUCAUCACCAUCACAAUCAGCACAGCAUCAAUAGCUACAUGAAGACGACAUACAUAAAGCAACAAUCGGCUGAUGUGGCCGUAAUGCCACCCAUUGCCCAAGGCAGGAGAAGCCCCAAUAUAAAUCGACAUGCUUCGGAAAUAUGGUCGGCGACAGGAGCCAACAGUGGUUUAACAGCGGCCGUGGCAGCGGGAGGAGCAACGCCUCUAUUGGACCAUCGGAAAAUGUCUCCAGUGAAAUUGGAAAACGGCGCCAGCCGAGGAUCUGUUUCGGCGCCGUCACCGUCGCCAUCCGUAUUACCACCGCAUGCAUACCAUCCAUCGACAUCGUCAUGCACAACAACACCAUCAUUAGCACUAUCGUCAUCAUCGCCAUCAUCGUCGUCUGUUGCUGCGCUGGCUUCAGCUUCGGCACCCGCCUCAUCUUCAUCCAUCCAACCAUCCACCACCAACACCUGUUCCUCGUCGUCGUCGUCCUCCACCUCAUCAACGUCAUCCUCAUGUUCCACAAAAACAACAAACACAGCUCCUCUAUCGAAACAACCACUACCACCACCAACACCAAUGCAAGCUUCCGCAACGGCUUCAUCACAAAUAAAUUUAUACACACCGAAUUGGCAGACUGUUAUAAAACCGCUUAGCGAAAGUCCCAUACUCGAAAUUGCAGAGCAUUUGGAAUCGGUUUAA